GCUUACGAUUGUUAUUUUUGUGGAUGGGGAUGGGGGGUCAUAGAUGACUACGACACCAAUCACAGAUGAUAACGUGGAAGAGGUGUCCGAAGAACUGGCUGAUCUUACAGAAGACUCACAAGAUAUGACAGCUGAGGAAGUCGACUCUACUGCUGACAUCCUUCAGAAUAUAACGGCUGUUAACUCAUCGGAACCAUCAGUGACGCGAUCCGUUGUUGAGACUGUGAAUAACCUCAUGAAUGUGAACGAAGAUGAACUGGAAGAAGCUGCGGCAAAAGGAUCAACUAACCGAGCUAUCCGAUCCUUAGAGACUCAACUCCAGUUUGUUGAUGUUACGACGUCCAAUGGAACGUACAAAGACGUCCAACCUAAUCUUGGAGUACAGGUGAGUGAAUAUUCUCAUCAAUUGCUUCAGACUGGUUUGACUUUUAUUUACGCCACGGAUGAUCCUCGUCGUCCACUCAGACCUGAACACAUCUUUGUCUACAUCGGCAAUAGUGAGAACCUCGAUCCCGGAGACAUGCCGAUUCAUGCCCGAAUCUCCCUUCCGACAUCACUCGGAAGACGAAUCAGACGAAAUAGCAGUCGGGUUUCCUUCGUCAUUUAUCGAACUACAGCUCUAUUCAUGGCACCUUGGUUGAUCGAAUUUAACGCAAUCCAAACCGAGUUCAGCCGAACUGCAAACACUCGUGUUAUCUCUGCGGCUAUUAAUGCGAUGCCCAUAUCGAAUCUAUCAGAUCCGGUCAUGACGUCAUACCAUCCUAUCUUCACGAAAGCUAAUGAAAACAUUGAGAACAUAACCAAUCCAGUAUGUGUGUUCUGGGAUUUUGAUGCUGAUAAUGGACAUGGUAACUGGUCUGAUGAUGGAUGUCAUCUUACUACAUCAGGAAUCAUACAUGAUUAUAGAUGUCAAUGUAAUCAUUUAACCAACUUCGCUAUUCUAAUGGAUAUUUACGGCAAUACUUUGCUAACAGACCAUCAGGACUUUGUUCUAGAAAUCAUGAGCUACGUUGGUUGCUGCUUGUCAAGCAUAUGUCUUGGAUUGACCCUCUGCACGCUUCUCUCUAACAAAAAACUUCGGAAGUCCCAGGCAAACCGCAUCCUUGCCUCGCUCUCAGCAUCCCUUCUCUCCCUAUACAUCACCUUCCUCCUCCUUCUCUCACUCAACCAUGUUGCUAUGGUAACGUGUGGCGUCAUCGUGGGAUUUCUGCACUAUUCCCUACUUUCCUCGGCAUGCUGGAUGGCGGUAGAGAGUUUUAACAUGUACCUCAUGGUCAUCCGUGUCUUCGACAGAGGGGGUAUCCCCCAUUUUAUGAUAAGGGCAGCUUGCUUUGCAUUAGGCACACCAGCUCUCAUUGUCGUGAUAACUAGUGGAGUAGCAAGGCAAGGAUACAUGUCAUAUUCUGAUAAUAAUCAAUGCGGAUUUCUGACACUUUGGCCACUCGUUGGUGGGGUCCUAGUUCCGUUGGCCAUCCUCAUAGUCUAUGACGCACUCAAUUUUACUCUAGUCAUGCGACGUCUGUCUCGUAAAGUGGCGGGAAAACAAAUUACUAAACCCAAAUACCUUGAGCGGCUUCAUCGUCUGCAGAAUGCCUUGGCUUUGACCGUUCUCAUGGGGUUAACCUGGGGAGUCGGCUUCUUGACCUCCAUCCAAGUUGCUAACCUGGCCUUCCAGAUCAUAUUCAUCAUCUUAAACUCACUUCAAGGAGUUUACUUAUUUCUUUUCUACUGCCUGAGAAACCCAAUCGCACGCAUACACUGGAGAAACCUACUCUGCCCACGUUGCAUGCAGCCACAAGAGAAGACUACAACAGUAGUCAGCAACUGUUCGUCGUCGAGCGGUAACCGUGCAGGACGUCGAUCACGAGCCUCACAGGAAACCAAGAACGACGAAGGAAAUAAGAUCUAUGUUGAAGAUGCCAAGUGGUAUCGUAAAGUUGGAAUGGACUUUAAUCGUGUGUUCUCUAAACAACGCAUGAAUGAGACGAGCGUAUACACCAUUGAGCUGUCGUCAUUGCCUAAAUCAAUGACGUCGACGAAUAUUCCUUAUGAAGGCGUCUUCGCAUUUAAUAAUGAUGCCGAAGAUGAUAAUGCUAUUGGGGAAAUGGAACACGUUUAUUAGAAAUAAUUUAUGAGUGUUAUUAAGUGUAUGAAAAGAAUCAAAGAGCUCCAACAGUAAUCAAAUGAAUUUCGAUUAGCUUUAAAUAAUCAGGAUGUAGUAAUGCUGUUUGCUCUUUGGGGUCCCUUAAUUGUCAAAUUAAUAAUUGAUAAUUAGCACGCCCUUACAUCCAAUUACAGAAUCAAUAUCCAAAUUAAAGAGAUAAAGGAAAUAAUGGAAAUAACUAAUCACAAAGGGGUGUGCUUACAAGUGUUUCUGUAAUUGAUGUUUAAUUGUGAUUGUAUAUCAGUUUCAUUGGUUUUUCAUCAAGACAGUGUAUAAUCAUUAUUCAAUUGUGUUAUACAAAUAUAUAUAUAUGUAUAUAAAUGUAUAUAUAGGAUCGGAAUGAACAUAUUAUUUAUUAUAUUAUUGAAUGCCUACUUUAUUCAAUUAAAUUGACAAAAUGAAAUAAGAACAGUAAAAUUGUAUCAAAUCACUUUGAGAAAAUAUGGAAUUAAAUUUCAUUUAAAAAAAGUUAAUUUAAACGAUGCUUGUGAUAUGCAAGUUAAUUAAGGAACGUGAUGGCACGCAUUCAUUGUACAUGUAUAUUAGUAAUCAACAUAUUCUCACCAAAGAAUGUUAAGUACGAUUCCGCAUAAACUUGUAGAAUCACUAUUAUUGAAACUGAUUGUUAUUCAUGGGUUCCUGCAUUAUUAAUUUUAUGAAAAUGAAAUAUUUUACAUUUCCUGUGAUAAAAUCAAAGAAGUUAUAGUGUGUUUGUCGCAUUAAUGUUUAUGAAUCAUAUUUGUGGAAUAAUAUAUAUUUUAAUUGAAUCAAA